AUGGCCUUAACACUUAAUGAACAAAAACAGUUUCAAUUAGAUUGCAAGCGCAAAUUAGCUCAAGCCAAAACUCCACUUGAGAAAUUGCGUUAUGUAUGUCUCUCCCGUGGUGCAAGUGGAAUAAAUGGACUUGGCCGACAGUUCCGCAUAAUAGAUGACGACAACAACAAACAGAUAUCGAAAGAGGAGUUUGCAAAGGUAUGCAAGGAAUUUGGGACGGGUCUGACAAAUGAAGAAGUCGACAGCCUUUUUGCUGAGAUUGACCGCGAUGGUUCGGGUUCACUCAAUUUUGAUGAAUUUCUUGAAGCUUUACGGCCUCCAAUGCCCGAAAGCCGUAGAAAACUAGUAGAACUCGCCUUUAAGAAAUUGGACAAAACUGGUGAUGGAGUAAUUACCGUUGACGACCUCAAAGGCGUCUACAAUGCAAGGAGUCACCCGAAAUAUCAAAAUGGGGAAUUAACUGAGCAAGACGUUUUUCGCGAAUACUUAAAAACAUUUGAAUCUAGGGGCGAGGUUGACGGGAAAGUGACAUGGCAGGAAUUCUUGAACUACUAUAGCGGAAUCAGCUCUUCAAUAGAUGAAGAUGUAUACUUCGACUUGAUGCUGCGCAACGCCUACAAGUUAUAA